UCAACGUUGGAUAGUUGCAUACAAUGGUAGAUAGCGAUAGAUUUUGUCUAUGCAAAAAAAGGAAAAAAAGUAUAAUUUUAAUGGCUUCCGUUUCGUUUCCAUCCUUCGGCUUUUCUAUUUCGUUAAAUUGGAAUGGUUUUGUGAACUAGGUUCAUCUUCUGUAUAACAAGUCGUAGGUAAUAUUUUCAAGAAAGGAUCAUGGGAAUCCAAGAUCUCCAGGCGUUUUUAGAAAAUGAAGGAGUAGGUGUUGAUUUGUUUAGAAUUGCCAGGAAUCAUGCGGGCGGUUUCAGGCUAGUUUUGGAUGCUGAGGGGUGCCUAGAUCGUCUGUAUGGAGGAUACUUUUCAGAUUGGGUGUGCGGUGGACAAUGGGCCAGAUGUGUACAGUUCCUGACUACACUGGCUACUGCGCUGGCGGAACACCAAGUGUCAAUAUGUGUUUGUUUCAACGGAGCUCACCCCACCCCUCCGGCCACCCCACAACACUGGGUGCAGACGCAGGCUAUGUACAGACAAAGGGUCAAUUCUGUACUGCGGCACAUAGUUACUAAAGGGACCCCUCCUCCUAAAGUAUGGUGGGUGCCUCCCAUGGGACUCCAUUCAUGCCUACGAACAGCUCUCCGGUAUCUGAAUAUUCCAAUUAUGGUUUCAUCAGAUGAUCAUUAUCAAGAAGUAGUCGGCCUUUGCCGUGAAAAAUCUUAUGGUGGUCUAGUGGGAGGUGCUGGGGAAUACAUGGUGUUCCAGCCACCUAGGUACUUUAGUUCGUCACAAUUGAAAUUAACAUACAGGUCAUCAUUGGAAACUAAAGAGUACAUGGUGCAUGAGCUGCCAAACAUCCUGGAUGUGCCCCAGGACCGCCUGUGCCUCACAGCCGCCCUCCUCGGUGGGACCAUCAUCUCUGAACAGAGUCUCACCGAGUUUUAUAAACGCAUCGGAAUUGUUCAAAAGAAGGCUCCCCCAGAGAGUGUGGUGAAGGCGGUGUGCCAGUUCGUGCGGGAACUGCCCUCGUCGGACGUGGACGCGGCGUGCGUGGAGGUGUUCGGCGACCUCAAUGAUCUCAGAGCAGCCAAGCUGAAGCAGGCUGUGCAGUAUUACCUUAACGGCACUAAGGACGGCUUUCUCAAGUACAGGACUGCUAGUGGCCGUCGCCCUAAGAACAACAGCAACAAUAAUCAUAAGAAAAACCAAAAGCAAGAGAUAUCUCCCCAGCAGACGUCAGCCGAUCUCGACACUACGAAGCUAGCGACGGAAUCCAGCGAACAUGAGCAAAAAGGCUUGGAGGAUUACAAAUUGGCUACAGCGAACGCUUCGUUGAACGCCGACUUUGAGGAGGCGAAAGCGGGGGCUGAGGGGGUGCGGGGCGCGGCGCUGCGCCUCCAGAACCUGGCUCUGGAAGAAGGAGACCAGGACAAGGAGAAAGCCCCCGCUAAACCGACCGAUAAACCAGACAAACCCGCCGCUAAAGAGGCCCGAGCCGCAUCAAAGUCUACAGGCGGCGACGACACGUGCCCACCGGCGCCGGCCGAGGUGCUGCGCACGUGCGCCGAGCGGCACGCGCGCGGCCUCAUGCACCCCUCCAUGCUGGCCAUACUGUCGCAUCGGCAGAUUGCUCUUCCAGUGGUGAUGGAAGACGACAAUCACCGCGAAAUACCAUCGAUUCAUCACUUCUACCGACCGAUCAGACAGAACGUGUACGCCAUUCUGUACAACAUGCACCACCACCGCUACAUGGCACAGAAAGCUAAAGAUGAAGCGUCAUCAUCAGCAGUGGCCACUCCGGAGAAGGCUUGCACGGUGCAGAUAGCGGAGUGGAUCUACUCGCGGGUGAACCCGGGCAAGUCUGCGGAGCUGGUGCCCGGGGUGCUGCUGGACUGGCCCGUGCCCACCGUGCAGAGACUGUGGUUUGGCACGGCUCCGGACGACAAGUGCCGGCGCAUGCGCGCGUUCCUGUCGUGCAUGCGCUCCGACACGCCGCUCAUGCUCAACACCUCGUACGUGCCGCAGCACCUGCUCAUACUGGCCACCGUGCUCAGAUACAUAAUGACAUCUCAGAUCCAGAUCCUGCGUCGCCAGGAGCUGGACGCGUUCCUCGCGACCGCCUUCUCCAACGAUCUCAUGAACGCUCUUCAUCUGCAAGAGAUGGCUGUGAACGGCAUAUCCUCCCGCGGCGUGCAACUAGCCGCGCUCGUCAUGUCCGGCGUGGAAGCCGCCCUACUAGCCAACGAGGCGUGCGGCGCGCCCGUGCCGUGGCUCGUGGCCGCGCCCUGGCUGUACCUGGACGGCAAGCUGCUGCAGCGCAGUCUGCAGCGCGCGGCGCACUGCAAGCACCUGCAGCAGCUGUGCGACAAGAACCUCGACGUAGUCGUCAAGGUGGAGCGCAUGCGCAAGGCCAUCCUCGAGGGUCUGUCCGUGGAGUUCGCGAUGCCGCCGCUGCCGCUGGUGGGCGCGCUGGGCUGGCGGGGCGCGCGGCCGCCGGCGCGCCUCGAGGUGGCCGGCGUGGUGGUGGGGCAGUGGGGGCCCGGCACCUACGCUAUGAGGCAGCGGUUCAAUAAUCAGCAAGUAGGCUACGUGGGCUACACCCCGACCCCGCGCAACUCGUACGGCGCGCGCGGGGGCCGCGGGGGGCGGGGGCGCGGGCGCGGGGGGCGGGCGGCGCGCGGGGGGCGGCGACCCAGGAGGGAGCACGGUGACGACGAGCCGGCUAAGCCAGCCACGCUCACUAUUAAUGGUAAAACCGUGAGAUCGGAUGAAGUUGGCUCCAUGGAAGACGCUGCACAAGAUGACAAUGCUGCGCCCGACAACGAUGCUAACGGAGUGCCAUCUCAGAAGACACCAAAGAACAAGGGUGUGAAGAAGAAUGCAGGAAAGGGCAAGAAGAAAACUUCGGCUCCGAAGACCGAAGCAGUCCCAGCGGCCGAAGCCAACGGCCCUCUCGAGACCAAGAUUGCGGAGGUUAUUCCCCCAUCGGACGCGGAGCUUGGGCAAGGUGACGCACCCGUAUCUAAUUAAAAGUUCCACUUCAAGGUAUCAAUGCCAUUGUUUUUUGCGAUCACUUACUCAUUCUAAUUAUCGCAAAGUAAAUUUCAUACAUAAUUUUGACUAACUUUAGUAGUACCCAUUUCAUACUAGAUCCCAUUUUAGUAACCGUUUAUUAAUCCUUCAAAGUCCAUGUAGAGGGAAAGUUUCAUAAACAUACAUUCAUCACAAAAGUGGCUAGUGAUAUCCAUCGACACAUCUUUAGAAUAACGGUAGCCGUUUGAAGUUUAACUAUUGAGCUGUUGUCACUAGCCUCCGCAGUAUAGACGUAAGGUCGAGAUAACACACAUUUAAAAUCUUGGGAAUCUACAAUUGUUGUAACUUCUUUAACAGACAUGAUUAUAACGAGCACGUUUUGCCAUGAGGUCGCAUAAUAUUAGUAAGCAUUGGGCGGGGCGUGGCACACCGCCGCUUCUCGCCUACUAUUUAUUUAAUAGAUGAUUUGUUAUUAGGUGAUGUCGAAUUGACAUAAAACUAUACGUGCCUGAAGAGCAAGACUUCCCAAUUUAGAGACUGAUUUUGUAUUACGUUGAUGGACAUUGAUCGUUCAAUAACGCUAUUGAACACGAACACAUGAAGCAUCUUUUUGGUGCAUGUUAACUGAAUUACACGACUUUAUAAACAUCUCUUUUGUUAUUUUGGUUUGGGGUUUACAAUUUCAGAUGGUUUGACAUCAGUGUGCUAAAUGUUGUGAUCCAAACCAAACAUAACUAAAGAGAUAGUCAAAACAUGAAAUAAACUUCAAAAUUGAACAUGCGUAUGCGUUAGACCGGUGAUAUUUAGAAAAUACGAUAAACUAUAUAUAAAUGAACAUGUUCAUUGUUAAGUCACUGAAUAGUGAGAUGACUUAGUAAAUAUAUGGUUAUUUUUAAGCAUAUAAAGUACUGAGUCAACAUUAUUUAUUUAUACAUAGUAUAUUUAAAGAUUACCAAAAUUAUUGUUUUUAUUUUAUUUUUAGGCAUGGUUUGGUCGGUGCAAUCCCAGAUAUAGUAUUACAAUUAAGAUGAUAAUGUGUGCCAGGCGCAUUGUGCAAAAGAUUUUCUACGAUACCUAAAAUUUACUUAGUAAAAGAUUGGUAGUAAUAUUAAAAAUAUUUACCUAAUGAUUGCACAGACUAAACCAAUAUAUUUCAGACUGGUUUUCGGUGAAUUAAAUCCGGCAAUAUUGAAUGUGUGCUAGGUUGUUUGUUGUUAUUCUAUAAUUAUGUAAUGAAUCUGAACUGAGCUACAUAAUCAUAGGAAGGUGUAUAUUGUUAGUUAUGUGAUUGCAUUUAUUGAAAGAUGGUUGGUGCUGCGAAAGCUUUUGAACUGCCUGGAACGAGUCUGAAACUCAUAGAUUUAAGUCUAACAAUUAGACGUUAAAUGAAAACUGAACAAACAUUCGUCAACAGAGGGUUCAAUAUACUAUAGGGUAUUAUUUCAGUAGGAAACAUAGACUUGUUAGUGAUAUAUUUAUAUGCAUUUCUGGACACUCGUGUUUACGAAUGUUGUUCACUUUAUAUGUAUUUUUGUAAAUGUGUUAUAUUGUUAUAUUUAGCUGGAAUGACUUUUUACAUGAUAUAUAUAUUUGAGAAAACGUUGUGUUAAAAUCGCGGUUGGUGAAAAAAAUGUCCUUAUUAUGUAUAAUUAGAUAAAAAUACAUUCCAAGUCGCGUCACAAUACUGUGAAUUACGGACACUUGUAACCAACCGAGAAUGGAACCGAUUUGUGACUAAAUGAAGACUUCUACAAUUUUUGAAUUGCUUAACCCUGGCCGGAACUUACUAACAAGAUAUGUUGCUACAAUAACAUAUUGAUUUCACUUGAGAUCAGACAGCGUAGGAUGCUGCGCUCAUAUGUCACAGCCUCGAGCUGUCCAUCGAACAGUAGUCAAGUAACAGAGAGCGGGGGCCGCCACGGCGCCGGCCGCCGCCACCGGCGCGCCUCUGAAGCGCGCCGACGAUUGCCAAGUAUUCGCAAAGCGAUCGCCUAAUGCGACGCAUAUUUAAUACACUUAAACAUUUACAUAAUAUUGCUUGCUUAUUAAUAAACAUAAUAUGUAGUAGCGUUUAGAGUUUUAUCUCCAUUUAUUUUUGAGCUGUUAGAAUUUAUGUGUAACAGCUACAUGUAACAUGCAUGCUAGAAACAUGAGGAGUUGGGUAGGUAUUUUGAUUUUAUUAAUCGUCUUAUAAAAGAACGAAACUUGUGUAAACCAUCAAUAUAUAGGUGAAUACGAUGAUGGUUUUAUGUUAUUUCACCUUAAUUAUAUAACGAUUUGUCUUGUUGCAAAAUGUGUAACUUAGAAAACAACUUUCGAGGAAGUAGGUUUUAUUUUUUCCCUUUUUAAACACAUUAUUCACUAUAGUUUUAGAUUUCAGCAAUUUAAUAAUAAUACUUGUAAUACAUUUUAUAAACUUGUUUGCUGAUGGUCAUUUAAAUAUUGUCAAUGUAAUCAAAAUAUAUUAGAGAUACUUGUCAUGUAAUACUUAAAUAACGUUUUUCGUAACUGAAGUAGCAAACAUGGAACUGUGGCUUUUUGAAAACACUUAUAACUUAGUGUUAACUACAAAAUGAAGUUUAAAGGGUUCAUUACUGUUUAGUUUUUGGACACAAAAAAAAGAAUAUUGGAUAAAAUGUAAAGAGUUGUAUUUGUCUUCAAAUAAAACGUUCCAUCAUAA